CCAAGGCCACCAUGCUGUUUAGCAGAAACACCAAGGCCAUCGUAUGGGGCAUGCAGACGCGGGCGGUGCAAGGCAUGCUCGACUUUGACUACGUGUGCUCACGAGACGAGCCCUCUGUGGCGGCCAUGGUCUACCCCUUCACGUAGGUCCCUCAAGACUCUUGAGCCCAAUUUCCAUUCUCCCCCAAAGCUUUCCUCGAAGUGUUCACUUGUUCACUCCCCCCUCAAGGAUUUCUAAUGAAGUGGAUUGUUAUAGAUGGCCAUAAAAAUGCAGAGUAGCCUAUUGAGAAAGGUACAGAACUUAUUCACAAAACAGUUUGAAAUUUAGAGGGGUAAAAUAAACAUUUAUUUUAGAGCUGAAGGGGCUUUGCCCUCAGACUUCAAGUUGGAACCCUACGCUGGUUGGGUAUCCCCGUUUCGAAUUGAACUAAUCAUGAUCCAUUGUUUUACAUAGGACCUCCCCAGCCCUUCUGGUUCCAGCCAGUCCUUCCGGGAUAACCAAACACUAGCUAGCACAAACCUUCGGAGUUCGGACAUCGUUUGCCGCUAACAUCCAUGAAUAGGGCUCAUAAAUCAUCACCCACAUUUUCAAAAAGUUAUAACAACCCUUCUACACUAAAACGAGUGACAUAUUAGACAACUGCAACCUGUUAAACGUUACAAUAUUGUGACUAGCAAGUAGCAACUAAUGUUAGCUAGCAUAGCUAACAUUCACUAGCAUUGUUCUGCCCAUAGAAAUCACACUUCUGUGAAAUCAAACUGUCCACUUAGGAAGCAGCACUGAUUGACAAUACAUUUCACAUGCUGUUGUGCAAAUGGAAUAGACAACAGGUGGAAAUUAUAGGCAAUUAGCAAGACACCCCCAAUAAAGGAGUGGUUCUGCAGGUGGUGACCACAGACCACUUCUCAGUUCCUAUGCUUCCUGGCUGAUGUUUUGGUCACUUUUGAAUGCUGGGGGUGCUUUCACUCUAGUGGUAGCAUGAGAUGGAGUCUACAACCCACACAAGUGGCUCAGGUAGUGCAGCUCAUCCAGGAUGGCACAUCAAUGCGAGCUGUGGCAAGAAGGUUUGCUGUGUCUGUCAGCGUAGUGUCCAGAGCAUGGAGGCAAUACCAGGAGACAGGCCAGUACAUCAGGAGACGUGGAGGAGGCCGUAGGAGGGCAACAACCCAGCAGCAGGACCGCUACCUCCGCCUUUGUGCAAGGAGGAGCAGGAGGAGCACUGCCAGAGCCCUGCAAAAUGACCUCCAGCAGGCCACAAAUGUGCAUGUGUCUGCUCAAACGGUCAGAAACAGACUCCAUGAGGGUGGUAUGAGGGCCCGACGUCCACAGGUGGGGGUUGUGCUUACAGCCCAACACCGUGCAGGACGUUUGGCAUUUGCCAGAGAACACCAAGAUUGGCAAAUUCGCCACUGGCGCCCUGUGCUCUUCACAGAUGAAAGCAAGUUCACACUGAGCACAUGUGACAGACGUGACAGAGUCGAAAGACGCCGUGGAGAACGUUCUGCUGCCUGCAACAUCCUCCAGCAUGACCGGUUUGGCGGUGGGUCAGUCAUGGUGUGGGGUGGCAUUUCUUUGGGGGGCCGCACAGCCCUCCAUGUGCUCGCCAGAGGUAGCCUGACUGCCAUUAGGUACCGAGAUGAGAUCCUCAGACUCCUUGUGAGACCAUAUGCUUGUGCGGUUAGCCCUGGGUUCCUCCUAAUGCAAGACAAUGCUAGACCUCAUGUGGCUGGAGUGUGUCAGCAGUUCCUGCAAGAGGAAGGCAUUGAUGCUAUGGACUGGCCCGCCCGUUCCCCAGACCUGAAUCCAAUUGAGCACAUCUGGGACAUCAUGUCUCGCUCCAUCCACCAACGCCACAUUGCACCACAGACUGUCCAGGAGUUGGCGGAUGCUUUAGUCCAGGUCUGGGAGGAGAUCCCUCAGGAGACCAUCCGCCACCUCAUCAGGAGCAUGCCCAGGCGUUGUAGGGAGGUCAUACAGGCACGUGGAGGCCACACACACUACUGAGCCUCAUUUUGACUUGUUUUAAGGACAUUACAUCAAAGUUGGAUCAGCCUGUAGUGUGGUUUUCCACUUUAAUUUUGAGGGUGACUCCAAAUCCAGACCUCCAUGGGUUGAUAAAUUUGAUUUCCAUUGAUAAUUUUUGUGUGAUUUUGUUGUCAGCACAUUCAACUAUGUAAAGAAAAAAGUAUUUAAUAAGAUUAUUUCAUUCAUUCAGAUCUAGGAUGUGUUCUUUUAGUGUUCCCUUUAUUUUUUUGAGCAGUGUAUAUGCUGCUUCAUAUGAAAUAUAUUAUUCAUGUCCAUGUUGCUCAUUGCUCAUCAUUGCUCCAGUGUCUCAUACCCCACUCCGUUGCCAGCAACAUUGCUCGGCAAUAUUGCCUCAAAAAAAUUGCCAGUGAAUCAUGGCCUUAAAUUGGUCAUUAUUACUAUGUGGCAGUGUUGUCUGUCUCCUUUUAGUUAGCUAGGCUAUCUAGGCAGCUAGCCUAACUUUAGCUUGGAUUGUUUACCUCUCUAGUGGGGGCAUAGCAAAUUGACGAGGAAGUGUGGGGGGCGUUGCUCAUGCAAAUAGUGUGCAUAUGAGAACCAAUCACAAAGUCACUGUCGCUCAGAAUUUGAGCUAACCUCCCCUUUUACAAGCCCAAGAUACCAGACCAGUGAGUCACAUCUCGCGCGUCUGCCAGCCUAAUUACUAAUGUACUUGGUAAUCCAUCUUUGUUUCCCAAAUCCAAAAUGGACCGUAAUGAACUGAAAGAACGUAUCCUUAGAAUACUAAUUGUUAAUCCAGCUCCAACUCUCCCGAGUGGCGCAGUGGUCAAAGGCACUGCGUCGCAGUGCUAGCUGUGCCACUAGAGAUCCUGGUUCGAAUCCAGGCUCUGUCGUAGCUGGCUGCGACCGGGAGACCCAUGGGGCGGCGCACAAUUGGCCCAGCGUCGUCCAGGGUAGGGGAGGGAAUGGCCGGCAGGGAUGUAGCUCAGUUGGUAGAGCAUGGCGUUUGCAACGCCAGGGUUGUGGGUUCGACUCCCACGGGUGGCCAGUAUGAAAAAUAAAAAUGUAUGCACUCACUAACUGUAAGUCGCUCUGGAUAAGAGUGUCUGCUAAAUGACAAAAUGUUUAAAUGUAAGUGAUUAAAUAAUCAUGUUUGUGAUCAGACUAGUGAUAAUUGGUGUAUUUAUUGAUGUAGCUAUGUGUGACUGUGUUCUCAGUGGGGACCACAAGCAGAAGUUCUACUGGGGCCACAAGGAGAUCCUGAUUCCUGUUUAUAAGAACAUGGCCGACGCAAUGAAAAAGCACCCCGAAGUGGACGUGCUCAUAAGCUUUGCCUCGCUCCGCUCUGCCUUUGACAGCACCAUAGAAACCAUGCAGUACUCACAGGUAAAGGCGUCUUUUGUUAAUAAUUUUAUUUAUUCCACUUUUUCUCAAGUUAUGGCUUCCUUGGCGGAGGUGGGGGGGGGGGGGGGGGUAGCCUUAUAUUGAGAAAUAUAGUCAAAAUCCACAUCCAAAGACAUACAGUACCAGUCAAAAGUUUGGACACAUCUACUCAUUCAAGGGUUUUUCUUUAUUUUUACUAUUUUCUACAUUGUAGAAUAAUAGUGAAGACAUCAAAACUAUGAAAUAAUACAUAUGGAAUAAUGUAGUAACCAAAAAAGUGUUAAACAAAUCAAAAUAUACUUUAUAUUUGUGAUUCUUCAAAUAGCCACCCUUUGCCUUGACGACAGCUUUGCACAAUCUUGGCAUUCUCUCAACCAGCUUCACCUGGAAUGCUUUUCCAACUGUCUUGAAGGAGUUCCCACAUAUGCUGAGCACUUGUUGGCUGCUUUUCUUUCACUCUGCAGUCCAACUCAUCCUAAACCAUCUCAAUUGGGUUGAGGUCGGGGGAUUGUGGAGGCCAGGUCAUCUAAUGCAGCACUCCAUCACUCUCCUUGUUGGUAAAAUAGCCCUUACACAGCCUGGAGGUGUGUUGGGUCAUUGUCCUGUUGAAAAACAAAUGAUAGUCCCACUAAGCCCAAACCAGACGGGAUGGCGUAUCGCUGCAGAAUGCUGUGGUAGCCAUGCUGGUUAAGUGUGCCUUGAAUUCUAAAUAAAUCACAGACAGUCUCACCAGCAAAGCACCAUAACACCAUACACAUGGGGAGAUCAUCCGUUCACCCACACCAUGUCUCACAAAGACACGGCGGUUGGAACCAAAAAAUCUUCAAUUUGGUCUCCAGACCAAAGGACACAUUUCCACCGGUCUAAUGUCCAUUGCUCGUGUUUCUUGGCCCAAGCAAGUCUCUUCUUCUUAUUGGUGUCCUUUAGUAGUGGUUUAUUUGCAGCAAUUUGACCAUGAAGGCCUGAUUCACACAAUCUCCUCUGAACAGUUGAUGUUGAGAUGUGUCUGUUACUUGAACUCUGUGAAGCAUUUAUUUGGGCUGCAAUUUCUGAGGCUGGUAACUCUGGGUCUUCCAUUCCUGUGGCGGUCCUCAUGAGUCAGUUUCAUCAUAGCGCUUGAUAGUUUUUGCGACUGCACUUGAAGAAACUUUCAAAGUUCUUGACAUUUUCUGUUUUGAUUGACCUUCAUGUCUUAAAGUAAUGAUGGACUGUCGUUCCUCUUUGCUUAUUUGAGCUGUUCUUGCCAUAAUAUGGACUUGGUCUUUUACCAAAUAGGGUUUUCUUCUGUAUACUCCCCCUACCUUGUCACAACACAACUGAUUGGCUCAAACGCAUUAAGAAGGAAAUACAUUCCUCAAAUUAACUUUUAAGAAGGCACACCUGUUAAUUGAAAUGCAUUCCAGGUGACUACCUCAUGAAGCUGGUUGAGAGAAUGCCAAGAGUGUGCAAAGCUGUCAUUAAGGCGAAGGGUGGCUAUUUGAAGAAUCUCAAAUAUAAAAUAUAUUUUGGUUUGUUCAACACUUUUUUUUUGGUUACUACAUGAUUCCAUAUGUUAUUUCAUAGUUUUGAUGUCUUCACUAUUAUUCUACAAUGUAAAAAUAAAGAAAACCCCUUGAAUGAGUAGGUGUGUCCAAACUUUUGACUGGUACUGUACAUAUGUGUAUCGAUGGCUCUUGUAGAAGCUAACGUAGGCUUGCACAGUGAUAUCACCUACUCUGACACAGGAAGUAACUGUCAACCUCCAACCAUAACACCUGAGGUUUUCUAGUUUAGUGGUACUGACAGUUAACGUCGAUUACGAUGACUGGUGGUGAGUAAGGUUAAUGUUAACAACACUAAUUUGCCGUAAUGGUUGCAUAAAUACUAUUAGCAAAAUAGAAAGCUGUUUAAGGCCAUGGUCUUAGACCUAACAGUUAUGUCCCUUAUCAUUCAAGGACAUUUUGACUUUACUUGUUCGAAUGCGCCUAAUAAGGAAUUUACUUUUGUGACUCCAGAUCCACACCAUCGCCAUCAUAGCUGAGGGUAUCCCUGAAGCCCAGACCAGGAAGUUGAUCAAGAGGGCCGAUGAGAACGGCAUCACAAUCAUCGGCCCAGCCACAGUAAGAACUUUGCUAAUUAAGUGCAAUAUUGUAACCUAAUAUGGCUGCAUGUUACUGUUAGUGAGCAUUAACGUGUGUUUGUCAUUGUGUCUCUCUGGUCUCUGAAGAGAGCAUAACAACCCAUGCCUACCCUCAUCACUCCUCUGUGUGUUCCUCUAACCAGGUGGGAGGCAUCAAACCCGGCUGUUUCAAGAUCGGGAACACGGGCGGAAUGCUGGACAACAUUCUGGCCUCCAAUCUGUACCGGCCGGGCAGCGUGGCCUACGUGUCCCGCUCAGGAGGCAUGUCCAACGAGCUCAACAACAUAGUCUCCCACACUACAGACGGCGUCUACGAGGGCGUGGCCAUCGGAGGUGACCGGUGAGGAAGAUUAGGAGGCGGAAGAGGAGAUGUCAGAGGGCAAAUGGCUAAUUAGAGAAUCCAUUCCAAAUAGGGAUGAAGGGUUCCACUUUAUUUCACUGGAGCUAUCUUCCACGGCCUGUAUUCUCAAAGCAUCUCAGAGCAGGAGUGCUGGUCUAGGAUAUGUUUUUCCUUUAAAAUGAUAAUAAUUUAGCGGGGACCUGAUCCUAGAUCAGCACUCCUACUCUGAGACGUCAAUAGAAGGCCAAGUUUUUACUUUAACGGUAAGGUUGUUGUUAUUAUGUACUCAAAUAGUAUAAAAUGCUUGAUAAUAAUCUAUUAACUUCUACCUUGUUUCUUUAAAACAAGUUCCUCUACUAAAGCUCCAUUUGCGUUGACCUGUAGGUAUCCAGGCUCAACGUUCAUGGACCACGUGCUCCGCUACCAGGACACUCCGGGGGUUAAGAUGAUCGUGAUGCUAGGAGAGGUGAGUCUUUUUUAUUGGCACUACAAAUCUAAUCAAAUCAAAUGUUAAUGGUCACAUGCGCCGAAUACAACAGGUGCAGACAUUACAGUGAAAUGCUUACUUACAGCCCUUAACCAACAGUGCAUUUAUUUUUUAAAAUAAAACAACAACAAAAAAAGUGUUGCGAAACAAAGAGCAGAAGUAAAAUAAAAUAACAGUAGGGAGGCUAUAUAUAUACAGGGGGGUACCGGUGCAGAGUCAAUGUGCGGGGGCACCGGCUAGUUGAGAUAGUUGAAGUAAUAUGUACAUGUGGGUAGAGUUAAAGUGACUAUGCAUAAAUAAUUAAGAGUAGCAGCAGCGUAAAAAGGAUGGGGUGGGGGGGCAGUGCAAAUAGUCCGGGUAGCCAUGAUUAGCUGUUCAGGAGUCUUAUGGCUUGGGGGUAGAAGCUGUUGAGAAGUCUUUUGGACCUAGACUUGGCACUCCGGUACCGCUUGCCGUGCGGUAGCAGGGAGAACAGUCUAUGACUAGGGUGACUUGUUUUUACCAGCAUUGCUUCUAAUAGAUGUAUAUUUGUAUUAUGUCUUACAAGUCCAGAACAGUCAUUCUGAUUCCCAUGUAAAAUAGCUUUUUGAGUGACUAAAAUAUCACCCAUAAUAUUUUGGGGGAAUGAAAUGCUCAAAAUUUGAGAAAAAGUACUCUUUCUCUCAUGGCUAACUACCAGGAAGUUAUAAAAGACAGGCUGAGUGGGUUGGGAGAGUAUAUUCAUGAGCUUGCCUUGACUGACAGCUCUUUAAAAGGCCUAUGUCAAGAAACGUGGAUGCAGUGAGUAAAAUGCAGACAGUAAAAUCAUCUCAAGCAAAUUUGGUGAUACACAAAGCAACUCAAACAACAUUGAAAUUGCAUCAGUAACCAGGUUUCCAUCCAACCUUUUAAUGCGAGUAAAGUGCGUGUCGGAGAAAAACAUGUCAUGACAGGCCUAAUGGAAACUUUCCAAAUGUCAACAAAACCAAAUACGCUAGACAAGGUCAAAUGAGUUAUGCGAGAAAUGUCAGUGGAAAAGUUUGAAUGCCAAAUAUUGAUAUAAUAAGAAUCAUAUCGAAGUAACCUUGGGAGUCACGCAAUGACACGUUGUGUGGUCCUCCCACUACAACUCGUCGGGAAAGCAUGCGGUUUAUUAGGCUACAGAUUAUGAUGAAUUUCAAAGAGAGGUGAAAGUGCAAGGUGAUGAGCUUGAUGCUCAUUUCCAAUAAAUAUUGAGGGUCUUAUUCUGGUAACAAGAUCAUCGAUGCUUGGCUGCCGUUUGACAAAAUAAUCUCGCUCUUUUGUUCAGCAUAAUCUCAUGUAGGCUAUACCGGCACUGUAUCUGCAAGCUGUUGUCUAGAGCGCACAUGCCAAUACCAGAGUGAGCACACUCGCUUAUAUAACGCAAUAGUUUUUUGUGAGAAAACCAUCAGUAGAGUUGAAAAUGCGAUGGAAACCCGUUUAAGUUGUAUUUUUUAUUUGGCACAUGGGAAUUUAACGGCAAAGGGUUUUAUGUGCAUUAUGUGAUCACGCGCAGCCUUUUAUCCAUAACUAGUCAAUUUGAUGGAAACACAUCUCUGGUGGGAAAAUGCACAAUGUUGUUACAACCAGAAUUCAAAAUGGAUGUAAUGUAUUUAUUUUUUCUCAUCCAUCUACACACAAUACCCCAUAAUGAGAAAGUGUACAUUUUGGCAAAUGUAAUGAAAAUGAAAUGCAGAAAUAUCUUAUUUACAUAAGUAUUCACACCCCUGGAUCAAUAUUUGUAGAAGCACCUUUGGCAGCGAUUAAAGCUAUGAGUCUUUCUGGUUAAGUCUCUUAAGAGCUUUCCACGCCUGGAUUGUGAAACAUUAUUCAUUUCAAAAAUCUUCAAACUGUGUCAAAUUUGUUGUUGAUCAUUGCUAGACAACCAUUUUCAGGUCUUGCCGUAGAUUUAAGUCAAAACGGAAACUCGACCACUCAGGAACAUUCACUGUCUUCUUGGUAAGCAACUCCAGUGUAGAUUUGGCCUUGUAUUUUAGCGUAUUGUCCUGCUGAAAGGUGAAUUAAUCUGCCAGUGUCUGGUGGAAAACAGACUGAACCAGGUUUCCCUCUAUGAUUUUGCCUGUGCUUAGCUCAUUCAGUUAAUUUUUUAUCCAGAAAAACUCCCCAGUCCUUAACGAUUUACAAGCAUACCCAUAACAUGAUGCAACCACUACUAUCCUUGAAAAUAUGGAGAGUGGUACUCAGUAAUGUGUUGUUUUUGAUUUGCCCCAAACAUAACACUUUGUAUUCAGGGCAAUGAGUUAGUUAAUUGCUUUUCCACAUUUUUAUAAAUAUUACUUUAGUGACUUGUUGUACAGACAUCCUUCGUUUUACUCUUUCAAUUAGGUUAGUAGUGUGGAGUAACUACAAUGUUCUUGAUCCAUCCUCAGUUUUCUCCUAUCACAGCCAUUAAACUCUAACUGUUUUAAAGUCACCAUUGGCCUCAUGGUGAAAUCCUUCCUCUCCGGCAACUUGAGUUAGGAAGGACGCCUGUAUCUUUGUAGUGACUGGGUGUAUUGAUACACCAUCUAAAGUGUAAUUAAUAACUUCACCAUGCUCAAAGGGAUAUUCAAUGUCUGCUUUUAAUUUUUUUUACCCAUCUACCAAUAAGUGCACUUCUUUGCGAGGCAUUGGAAAACCUCCCUGGUCAUUAUUGUUGAAUCUGUGUUUGAAAUUCACUGCUCAAAUGAGGGACCUUAUGAGCCAUGCAACUUAUGUGACUUGUUAAGCACAAUUUUACUCCUGAACUUAUUUAGGCUUGCCAUAGCAAAGGGGUUGAAUACUUAUUGACUCAAGACAUUUUUCAUUUUUUAUUAAUUUGUAAAAAUUUCGAAAAACAUAAUUCCACUUUGACAUUAUGGGGUAUUGGUUGUAGGCCAGUGACAAAAAAAAAUCUAUUUAAUCUAUCUUAAAUUCAGGCUGUAUAACAACAAAUGUGGAAAAAGUCAAGGGGUAUAAAUACUUUCUGAAGGCAUUGUAUAUAAACCACGCCCCUCUGCAAACACGCCUUCUCCAAUGUUGGUUACAAAGCGGAACUUAUUUAAAUUAGGUAAAAUAAUAUCAUGUUACCAUUGGUGUAUUAAAAUGAGUCAAUGAAGUCACCCUAUUCCCUUAAUCCAAGUGUUUGACAUGGGGUAGGGGACCAAUAUCUUUAUGAUCAAACUUUAUCAAUGUUGAAGCAACAGUCAGUUUUCAUAUUUUGGUCAUCAUACUUUGAUAUGGUUUUAUACAAAUAUCAUCAAAUUUCAUGAAACAUGAUUUACAAUGUGUAUAUUUAUAUUAAAAAUAUAUUUAUAUUAGAUUUCUCUGAACUAAUAUUUAUAUUGGAUUUCUAUUAGAUUUGGUAAAUUAUCCUAUAGAUUUCUAUUUACAAAAUAUCCAAAAUUAACAUCUCUCCUCUCCUAUCUCUUUUCUCUCUCCCUUUCCUUGUGUAGGUCGGAGGCACAGAAGAGUAUAAGAUCUGUCAAGGCAUCAAGGAGGGCAGGAUAACCAAGCCGGUGGUGUGCUGGUGUAUAGGAACCUGUGCCACCAUGUUCUCCUCG